AUGUUCCCCUUCGCCGUGUCUGUGUGUGUUUGGCCUCACGUCUCAGCGUGGAGUGUCAGUCAGCCUUUGCAGACUCUAAGGGCAACAUGUGGUGUUCGCCUCGAGCACACUUCAGCUAUAGGAGCACUCUUUUCCGGCAUCGCCGACGGAGACGCGGAGGAGCUGAUCCUGGAAGUCGUGAGCACUGCGGCAGAUGAUUCUCGCGGGGUCAGGCCGAGCGGGUUCAAAGAGGCCCAGCAGCUUCAGGUGACCAAGCUAUCGACCGAGUCUGGCUUCGAAGCCCUGAGCUUGAGGUACAGUGAAGCUGUCCGAGCCACCUGGCCAGAUGACUACCGGUUCCAGGCAUCCAAGAGAUCUUGGAGAGCCUCCAUCGCCUUCGCCCCGGACAAGGCAUACGUGCUGCAGAUGGCAACACGUGCAGAGGAAAGAACCGAAGAUGCCGUGAAAUGGGACUUGGAGGAUGCCAAAAGCGCAGGCUCCUACGCUCAUCGCUUCAACUUGUACAGUCGUGAGCAUGCCCGAGAAGCUGGCGAGGCAGUAGACGAGCAGCUGCCGUGUGUCAAGGUGGCUGCCCCAGUUGCAUGCCGAGUGGUCAAAACCAGCUUCCCCGCAUUGCUUCCGGUUGGAGCGUACUGCACAUUGUGGCCUUAUUCGGACCCCGAGGUCCGAAAGUUUGUUUUCAAUGGUUGCCAAGACUUCGUGGAGCUUGCCCAGGCCUUCUUCCAUCACUCCGCUUUCUCCUCCAAUGGCAAGGAGCUGGUCUGUGACAUUCAGGGAGUUGAGGAAGAGGAUGGCAGCCUCCUCCUCAUCGAUCCGUGCAUUCUUCGACCCAGCAAGCUGACUGUCGGAGCGCUGCUAAAAGGCGCUGCGAAGGAAGACAAAGACCGCGAGGAGUUGGCGGUUUGCUUGGGACCUGUUGUCAAUGUGGCGGCAGAUAAGUUCGACAUGCUGCACCCCAAGUGCACCAGCCUCUGCAAGGCCUUCGACCCCAAGAGGUGCACCGUAAAGAGGAAGGUUGGCGUCUGCGGUCUUGAUAUCUCCUGUGGUCUAGCGAGACAUUGA